UCCGGGAUCACACAGAUAGUACUUGAGACGGUGGACUUUUAGCUUGAUGCGCUUGCCCGAUACAACAACACGGUGCACACCAUAGCCGUACCUAUCUGUUUCACCAGUCCACAGGCAACACAGACCAACCAACUCACUCUUUUCACCCAGAACAGCUUCCAGUUUCACUACAAGCUGAUCCGGGGGAAAACUCGAAAAAAAAGCAGCGGCCAUGAGUCACAGGGUCUUAAGCACAGAUGAAUCUGAAGAAAAGUGAAAAAAAGCGCGGGGAAUAUUAGCACACGCAGGAGUAGAGGCAAGAAAGCCACCCAGUUUAAGCUGGGACACAAGCCAAAAUGGACUACAUCCACUGAAAUACACCAACCUGGAGUUUCCAGUGCAAGUUCCGAGGCGCCGAAAGCUUCUAAACGACUGGUACGGCUGACAGACAAGGAAGCCAGGGACAGUCAAUUCGUCAGAACCACAGCAGGGUUAGCACAGGCAGACACUCUGGCAUACACUCUCAGACCUAAACCUGAAAAGGAAGAAAAAACAGAUUGUGUGUGUGACCGCAAUGAAAAUUUCAUUGUGAAUAAUGAGAAAAUGCUGGCACUUAUUAAAGAUGUACAUGCAAGUGGUUGUAAGAAGCCAAACAUGAAAAUGAAAGUUACACGUGCUGGUCUGUGUGUCUACAUCUGUGUAAAAUGUAGUUACUGUGGAUUUAAUUCGCAAACAUUGCCAAUGUCGGACACAAUCCAGACCGCAAGAGGCCCCCCUGCAGGAUUUUUGAACUAUUUAGUAGCAAUGCCAGUGCUAAAAUCUAAAAUUGGAAUGGAUGAUGUAGCUACUGUAUUAACAUGGCUUAAUAUUAAGGCGCCAUGCAAGCAAACAUUUCAAAAAAAGUUUAAUGACUUGGGACAAGCACAAACAGAACUGAGCGACAAACAAUUGGAACUAAAUCAGGACUAUGUCGCAAAUGUCAUGAAAAAAGCCGGCUUCGAACCUGAAGUUGACAUCCAAUUUGACGUCGCCUACACAUGUCGACCCCAGGGGGGAUGCGAAAAGUCUACACAAAGCUUUGGGGCCCUGGUAGAACACAAUACAGGUCAAAAACUCCCACUUGCCAUAGCCAUGGCCAACAAGCAUUGCAGAAAAAGGUACUGCAGGCAUGAUAACUGCUCAAAAACCUUUGCAGCUGAGGCCUCGAUUGCAAGCAGUGAGCGAGUAUUACUUCACAGGUCAUUGGAUAAAGUGAAAGAUGGUCCUUUGGCAGUAAGGUCAAUAACCACCGACUCUGGUACGCAAUCGGCAAAGGCUAUACGGGAUUACUAUGAGCUUAAAAAGCAAACAAAUCACUUAAAAAAGCAGACGGCCACCCACUACAAGUGCUUUGUUCACAAGCUGAGAGCUCUCGAAAGACAUGUGCGUGCCGCAAAGUCAGACAUCAAAUCCAUUCCAAAAAAGUACAACAAAGACGAAUACAUGCGUAAGCUGGCCAGCUGCCUCCGCUGCCGAGUGCGCAUUGAACUGGAAAGACUGCGAAAACAGAGCUGCAGUGAUGAGCUUUUUCUUCGAUCGGCCAAAUUUGCUAUAGAAAACAUCAUGCAUUGCUUCUCCGGAGAUCACAAGAUGUGCAAGGAACGCUCACGAGUGUGCACCUAUCGAGUGACCAGCUCGUACAAACAUUUGCCCUAUGGAGAGCCACUAGCACUCCAGGAGAAUGACAAGAAAAUUAUUUUAGGAAACAUUAAUAAAACAUUUGAUGCCACGGGGUUGAAAGAAGUGGCAAAGCUCUUUAACACAAAUGCUUGUGAGAGCUUAAAUGCAUCUGUGUUUCAUUAUGCCCCCAAAACUUCAUUCUAUGCUAGAAACUUUGCAGCUCUGUGUCAUUCUGCAGUUCAUACAAGGUCUUUGGGGCCCAGCAAAUCAUCAAUGAAGGUGGCAGAAAAGGUGACAGGGAAAGAAAUCAGCCAAGGAUCGCAGACGGGAAUAUGA